AUGAUAGUCCAAACCAUACCCAUACCCCAGGCCCUCACCCUCCACCCCCUUCCCCUCAGCUCUUCCUCCUUCUCCCCCUUUGGUAAUGUAAUCGCCAACCCCUCCCCCUCCUCUACUCCACAAACCACCACGGUCUCCUCCAUCGCCGCCGACCCGCUGCUCCGGUCCCACGGCGCCAUCUCCGCCAACCAAGGGACCGCCAUCCAGUACAAGCAACUCGGUGCGCACGGCCUGCGCAACCUGUAUGACCAGGCGCCUAGCGGGAAGGUUGCCUCGGGGAGGAUAACCAUGUUUGUGUGUGCUGCACGGGCUGAGAUCUCGACCAGCCCAGGAGCUGCAAGCAAGGAGGAGAAGGAGGAAGCCGGAAGGGCAAAGAACAGCAUACCCAUCACCAUCCUAGAACGUCACCCCUUCACCACCCAAACCUUUAUUCCACUCACCGCCAACGCAAAAAAACAAUACCUAGUCGUUGUAGCUCCCUCGGCCCCACCCGGAAACCCAGAUGCAGCACUGCCCGCACCCGAGAGGAACCAGAACCACCUCCUACCCGGCCGAGGCCUGCCCGACGUGGCUAAGCUGCGCGCUUUCAUCGCCACGGGGGAGCAAGCCGUGACGUACGGGGCCGGGACCUGGCACGCGCCCAUGGUGGCGCUGGGGCCGGCCGGUACGACGGUGGACUUUGUGGUUGUUCAGUUUGCGAAUGAUGUGGCGGUGGAGGAUUGCCAGGAGGUUGUGCUGGAGGGCAGGGAGGAGGAGGGGAUCAGGAUAGAGGUUGGGCUUCCCCCGAGGAUGGAGGUGGCGAGACUGUGA